ACUUCAAGGAGGCCUUCGGUCUCUUCGACAGAGUCGGUGACAGCCAGGUGGCCUUCAGCCAGGUGGCCGACAUCAUGCGCGCUCUGGGCCAGAACCCCACCAACAAGGAGGUCCGGGCCAUCCUGGGAAGCCCCUCCGACGACGAUAUGGCCAACAAGAGGAUCAACUUUGAGAGCUUCCUGCCCAUGCUGAAGGUGGUCGACACCGCGCCCAAGGGAACGUACGACGACUACGUAGAGGGUCUCCGCGUCUUCGACAAGGAGGGCAACGGCACCGUAAUGGGAGCUGAGCUGCGCAUCGUCCUGUCCACCCUGGGAGAGAAGAUGAGCGAGCAAGAGAUCGACGCCCUGAUGCAGGGCCAGGAGGACGAGAACGGCAGCGUGCACUACGAGGCUUUCGUCAAGCACAUCAUGUCUAUCUAAGCGGUGGGAGAGGCAGGACCCUGUAGCUCGCUGCAGACCGCAGGGCGGCGCCGGACACCUGCGCCGCGUCUAAAGACCAACCAAGGAAAGACAAGGACAAU